GUUUGGGACUUUUUUUCCUCCGAAGUAAGUAGAGCUAGUUCCGUUAACGUUGGAAAAGGGGGAUAGCGCCUGCGCAUCUGGACUAAAACGCGUUAUUUAAAAAGAGAUUUUCGUUCGUUUUGCUUAUGAAAAACGUAGAAAGGGCAAACAUUUCCUCCGUUAAUAGAGAAAAUAUUACAACAUCCGAGGCGAUGAGAUGUGAGUGAGCUAUGCCUUAUAGAAAUGGACAGACUGUAUCCAAGCGAAAACAUGGCGUCUAUUUCUCAAACUUUGGAUUCUUCUACAGUCUACUUUUUUCACUUUGUUGCCUGGAGGCAUGGGGAUCGUUUGGGAUGUGCAGCCCCUGCCCCAGGAAUUGUUCGUGUCCGGUGGAGGGACCCCACAAUUCUUCCGUGGUUAAUUGUUCGAAUAAAGGACUGGAUCAGGCACCAUUAGCGGUGGAUCUACCGCCGGACACAAAAAUCCUAGACCUGAGCCACAACCAGAUCACCACCAUAGAUGCACGGAUAUUCGACAACUUAGCUAACUUUACCGACAUUGACCUGAGCUUCAACCCAUUUGUGUGCGACUGCUCGGUGUACCGGCUGGUGAGAUGGCUUCAGGACGAGGGCGUGAGGGUGCGGCGGCCCAACCAGGUGCUCUGCCACCAGCCCGCCGAGGUCAAGAACCAGCCCAUACUCAACGUCAGCCUGCUCACCUGUGCCUCCUAUGCGGGCUGCCUGCAGGAUGAACACCACCACCAGCAGCAGCAGCAGCAUCAUCAGAAGGGCUCGUCGUCUGGCUCCUCCUCCUCGUCCUCGUCAUCCGGCUCGGGCUCCUCCUCUUCGUCCCCGGGGGGCCUGGGCUCGGAGCUGGUCAUCUUCCCGCACGUGCAGCCGGGCAACUUCACGCGAGAGCAGUGCAACACCUACUGCUUCCAGCUGGCGCAGCGCUACGGCGGCCUGGGCACGCACCGCGAGUGCCUGUGCAGCACCAACUCCGAGCCCAACCUGCUGAGCGAGUCGCAGUGUACCGCCGCCUGCACCGACGCCCAGGUCAUGAAGAAGUGCGGCUGGACCGUGGCGCACGACGUCUUCCAGGUGGGCUUGUCGGCGACCGUGUCCGCCCCGCGCGCGCUGGUCCACUCGGAGGCAGUGCUCUCGGCGUCCUCCUCCGUCCUCUCCGUAUCCUACUCCUGGGACUUCGGCGACCUCUCCCCGCGCGUCAACACCACCACGCCCGACGCCACGGUGCGCCACAAGUACGCGCUGCCCGGACGCUACGAGGGCCGGGUGUCCGUGCGGGCGGGCCAGCGAGAGGUGACGGCGGUCGGGGAGGUGAGCGUGACGCUGCCCCCUCGGCUGGAGCUGCACUGCUCGGGCACGCUGGUGGCCAACCAGAGCCUCAGCACCACGCUGGUCAACUGGGGAGGGGUGGGCGCCGCCGUGGACUGGAGGAUAGUCAAGCCGGACGGGGAGGAGGUGGCACGAGCGUCUCCCUUCUGCCCUCCGAGCGGGGUUCUGCACGAGGCCUCGUCCCGGUGUUUCCAGCUGGUGGCGGGGGAGUACAUCUGGAGCGAGGCCAGGCAGCAGUGCGCCGCCCGCGGGGGAGAGCUGGCCGUGCUGCGCACCCCUGAACUGCGGAGCCUGUUGGCCCAACACAUCGUACAGUCUCCACUCCCCAACCUCCGGGAGCGAGGCGUGUGGCUGGGCCUGAGCGACGUGGACUCCCCCGGCACGCUGCGCUGGGGCGACGGCUCGGAGGCGGCCCCGGGGGAGGAGGGCUCCAGCGAGCGGGGCGGCAACGGCAACAACAACCCGGCGGUGCGGCAACCCGGCAGCGUCUGCGUCUCCCUGGAGCACUCGGGGGCCCUCAGCCCGCACCGCUGCAGCGCCGCGCGCGCCUUCGCCUGCCAGUACACCAAGCUGGUGAGGAUUCCUGAUGCCAAUGUCUUCAUGGCUGGCACGGCGGUCUUCAACGUCCACAGGCCCUUAUCCAUCGCCAGUACCACACAAGCCGCCCCUGCUCCCUCUGAUCCACCACCUACAGCUACACCCACAGCUACAGCAGCAACUACAACUACAUCUACAUCUACUACUACUACUACAGCUACAACUACAGCUAAGAGUUUGGAGCUGCUGUUGUUCCCGUCGGUGAGUUUUGCCCAGUCCUCUGGUAGCAGCCACACCCGCCUGUCCUCCCUGGAGCUGGUUACCAAGCCGCUGGCGUCCGAGACACAGGUGCGCUUCCACGUGGUCCGGCCCGAGUGCCCCGGCAAGACACUCACGCUACCAGGUUGCGGUCCACUGUGCGCACCCAUCGCUGUGUGCCAGGACAAGGAACCAGCAGCGGUGAACGGGACAGCGAGGUCCACCACACCGCCCCCCUUGUGCCCGCCUACGACCCCCCAGCAGAAAGAACAGCAGCAGUGGUGCCCGUACCAGGAGCGCUGCCUUCCCGUGGGCACCCCUUGCCACCCGGCCUCCUGCUUCAACUGCUCCGGGGUGGAGCCCUUGCCCCCCGGCACGCGGAGGCCCGAGUACAAACUGUUGAACGAGGUGGUCUUCACCCUGCCUUCCGGAGCCUCCACACAUCAGCUGCUGCAAGAAGGCGUGGAGGACCUCCUGGUGUAUCCCGGCGACUUCAUCGGCCUCCAGCACAACGCCGGCCCAGGCUCCCUCCUCCACUGCUCCCACGACCCCUCGUCACCGUGGAGACAGAGCGUCCUCGCCGUCCGCAACCUCUCCGAUUGGACCAGCAUCAACACCUCGCUAAAGCCCACCACCACCUCCGACUCAGACUUGGACGCAGACUCAGACACCGCCACCACUACAUCCACAGUCACAGCCGAGCGCUGGCUCCACAACGAGGUCUGCCUGAUCAGGGUGCUCCACGUCGGGGACAGCCACAUCAACCUCACCGGUCCCCGGUUCACCGCGGGUCUGCCCCUGCCUGGGGACUACAGCCUGGAGGUGAGGUCCAGCGAUCCGGACUACCCGGUCACAGCCAGCUGCCCGUUCCAAGUGGUGCCUCCCUUGGGCCUGUCCGUGGUGCACCCGGUCAACCAGAACGGCACCGUCUACUUCCGACCCAAUCAGACCUCCUUGCUGGUGAAGGUUCAUUCCCAGCAUCGGGCGACGGUCAAGUGGCAGGGAAGUGACACCAUCUAUCAAUUCCAGCCCUUCUGCCCCCCAGAGCUGGUGGCUAAGGUGCUGGAGUGCAAGCAGCCCGACCCGACCAACGAGACGUGGUACGCCUGGCUGGACCUGCAUCUGCCGGACUCCCCGUCCCCGGCAAUGACGGUGAUGGGCCCCGUGGCGGUGGAGCUGACGGCCACCAGCGAGGUGACCACGGACCAUCUGCGGAUCAAGGCCCGCGUGGAGCUGCCCCUCAGGGGGCUGCAGAUACAGCCGCACCCCAGCCAACGGGUCCUCAUGCUGUCCGUGGUGAGCUACACAGCCAUGGUGGAAGGAGGUACCGAUGCCAGCUUCAAGUGGACGGUGGACGACAAACCUUACUUCACCUACUACAACACCGUCUUUAAUGUCAUCUACCAAAACGCAGCCAUCUACAAGCUAACGGUGACGGCCGUCAACCACGUGAGCAGCCUGACGGAGCAUUUCAACGUGACGGUGGACCAGAUGAGCCCCAUGAGUGACAUCACCGUAGUGGGCAGGCCCAGCAUCGUCACCCAGGGCUCCAACCUCAACCUCUCCGCGUCGGUCAUACUGGACAUAUCAGUGGACGCCACUUUCAGGUGGUCAUUUGGAGACGGUGGAUACCAGGAUCACUACAAACCCGCCGCUGACCAGACACAAGUGUCCUACAGCCCUGCGGUCAAGCAGGUCCCCCUGCACGACACCGUCAGUUAUGUGUACGCCCAGCCAGGGGAGUACACCCUCAUCGUCUCCGUGUCUAACCGCUACGAGAACAAGACCCAGAAGUAUGACAUGUACGUCUACAGUAUCCUGACCUCGGUGGAGAUCGAGACGGAACCCAAAGUGCUUCAGGCAGGAAAGUCCGCCGAGUUCGAGGCCCACGCCUGGCCCUCCCCCUAUGGGAUCGUCUACACCUGGGACUUUGGUGACAACUCCACGAGGCUGCAGGGCCGCGAGCGCCGCGUCAAGCAUGCCUACGUCAGCAGCGGCACCUACAACAUUUGCGUCACCGUCAACAACACCAUAAGCAACAUCAGCACAUGCUCUAAGAUGAUGGUGUAUGAGGAGAUCGAGGGUGUGGAGGCGGAAUCCACAGGCCCAACUGAGCUCCACACACCUGUGGAGAUAACGGCGUGGCUGUCGGAGGGAAAUAACGUCACCUGGAUCUUUGACAUGGGGGAUGGAAACGUGUCUGUCAGUGAGGAGCCAAGAAUGGAACACACCUACAUCACAGAGGGAAAUUACUCAGUUAACAUCACGGCGAAGAACGCCGUGAGCUCCCAGUCAGUUGUGAUUCCCGUACAGGUGUUUAUGCUGCAGGUGCUAUACCUCGAACCUGCCAAGUGUGUCCAGGAGAACACUGAUGUCGACUUCCGUGCUUUCGUGUCUGGAAACGCCUCCAGUUACCGCUACGUGUGGAGCUUUGGGGACGGCACGAGUAACGAAACGCGCUAUGGCUCUCCGGAGAUCACUCAUCUCUUCCGGGAGAGCAAGGCCUAUCAUCUGUCCCUGCUGUUGUCAAGUGCAGCAAACCAGGCACACUUCUACACAUACAUCUGCGUCCAGCCUAAAGUCAGAAGCGUUUCCCUCGUGCCUUUGAAAACCUAUAUCAGAGUCGGAGAGGAGAACAAGUUCACAGCCGAAGCCGUUCCUAAAUUUGAGUACAGUUACCUUUGGGAUUUCGGAACAGGGGACGGCAGACCUGAACACGGAACUGCUGAAAUGACGGUCAUGUACAGGAGUCCUGGCCAGUACACGGUGAUGGUCACUGUCCUCAAUAACAUCUCUUGUAGCAACGAGACGGUCGUCAUUAAGGUGCUGAAGCCAGUGGGCGGCUUGCAUGUCCUUCACAAUGGAACCAAAGACAACAACCUCACCUUAGAUCAAGAAUACCUGUUCGAGGCUUACUCCGAGUCCAGCGACGUCCUGUACCUCUGGAACUUUGGGGACGGAACACUCCUCAACGGAUCAAAGGUCACUCACUCCUACAACCAAUCCGGCGACUUCAACGUCACCUUGUCGGGGCACAACGAAGUGAGCAGCAACAGCACCACGACUUCAUUCUCUGUGCUGACUCCCAUCCAGGGCCUCUCUGUGAACGCUAGCUUGGUGAACGUUCCCCUCAACGCCUCAGUGAACUUCGAGGCCCAUCUCUUGCAAGGGGACCACAUAAGGUUCUCCUGGAUGAUCUGUGGCGGCUGCACGGCCAUCAACAGCAACCCGGGCAAGAACACCAUGUUCUAUACCUUCAAAUCGGUCGGGACGUUCAACGUGAUCGUCACGGGAGUGAACGACAUCAGCACCGCCCAAGCGACCAUCGUGAUUUUCGUGCAGCGGGAACUGGAGGGGCUGCAGAUCGUUGCAGAGGAGCUGGAGGACAAGUGUGCACCGACUACGCCAUCCAUGUGCCACUACGCCACCAACAGGGCUCUUCACCUGCAUGCCGUCCUGCACGAAGGGACAAACAUGUCGUUCAGCUGGAACAUCCUGAAGGAGCAAGAGACCACUCUGCCGUUGAACUACAGUGGGAAAACGAUUGAGUUGAACUUUUCCACGCCGGGCACUCGUGAGAUAUACCUGAUGGCCACCAACCUCCUGGGCCAGCUGUCUGUCAACAAGUCGAUUAAGUUCCUGGAUCCUGUAGGAGGACUUGUCCUUGUGGUGUCGCCAAACCCUGUGGCGGUGAGCGCCAACACAAACCUCAGUGUGUCUGUCAGUGGUGGCACUGACCUCCAAUACAACUGGAUGGCCGAUGGUGCCAUCUUGGACUGGUUUGACAGUUUGGUGUAUCACAAGUUUGACAGUCCCGGGAUGAAGCUGGUGACGGUGGAGGUCUCUAAUGAAGUCAGCAGCGAGACGGUGUCUAAAUGGGUCAGUGUGCAGGAGCCAAUCUCCGGAGUGUGGUUCUCCGCCACCAAUGUCACUGAACAGAACUUUGUGGCAUCUGGCGUCAACGUCACCUUUCAUGGAAAAGUGAGUUUGGGCACAAACGUCUCUUGGACAUGGCUGUUGCCCAGUGGCAGAAGAACGGGAAAACCAGCGACAUCAUACGUCUUCACCGAACCUGGCACAUUCCCCGUCACCUUGAACGCAACAAAUGACAUCAGCGGCAAGGCCGUCUCGCGUGACUUUACGGUUCAAAAUCCCAUUCAGGGACUAAAUCUGAAAACCAGCAAGAUGUCAGCCAGCAAGAUCGCAGCUGUCGGCGAGAACGUCACGUUCACAUUCUCCAUCACAUCCGGAACGUCUCCCAACUUCGUGCUCAGCAUCACCGGGGAUGCCUCCGUGGAGCCUCAGAAUUGGUCCUACGUGCACCAGUUCACGAGAGUCGACCCGUACAUCGUCAACCUGACAGCCUACAACCAGAUCAGCUCCGACACCAAGUUCCUACACGUGGAGGUGAUGGAGCCUGUGCGAGGGCUGUCCAUCGUGAAUUGCUGUGAGGCCGCCAUACCUGUCGGUGUUCCUAAGACUUUCGUUGCCCAGACGGAGGCCGGCAAGCCCGUGACCUACCUGUGGACCUUUGAUCUCCACUUCACGGCCACCCAGAGGUCGGUGUGGUCCAAAGAGGCCACCUACAUCCCCACAGAGCCAGGCACACUGACCAUCUUCCUCCGUGCUUUCAACAACCUGGAUCCGUCCGGUUUGAACAUGUCUAGAACGGUUCAGAUUCAGAACGUCCUGAAGUUGGCCACGCUUGAGGCUCAGCCACGAGACACUUUUAUCAACAAAGUGAUAAACUUUCGCGCCUCCGUGGGCCCCAUCAAAACCCGGGCCACCUACCAGUGGGACUUUGAUGACGGUCACAGUUUCCUGUCUGUGACCCCGUCUAUCAGCCACACCUACACUCAAAAGGGUCUGUACGUCGUGAGGGUCAACGCUAGCAAUCUUGUCAGCUGGGUGCUGAGCAAGGUGGAAGUCCACGUCGGCGUUCUGGCCUGCGAGGAGCCCGAAGUUCAAAUCAAGCAAGCUCCCAAACUGGCCAUCUGGCGUAACCAGCCAACCCUGGUGGAGGCCAACGUCGACCUGAAGGGAUGCGACCACUACCAGGUGGAGUAUCUGUGGGAAGUUCUAAACACUCCGGAAUGUUCCGACGAUGAUGUUACAAAGCCUCCUCCCGCCAAGAUGCGCCUGCCUUCCGAGGUGGACGCCCAACGGAUACAGCUGUCCGUCCCCAAGAUGGCGCUGCCGGCCGGGAACUAUACGCUGGUGUUCUCCCUGGCGUACGAGGGUGUGCCCCUCCGAAAAGCGGCCUGCCUUCAGCUGUCUGUGAUGUCAGGCCGACUGGUGCCCAUUAUUGAAGGUGGAACGUUCCGUGAGUGGUCAAAGACUCAGGAUCUCCUAUUAAGUGCAGAACAGUCCAAAGAUCCCAACGUGGACCUAGAGACCCCUUCGCUCCUGUCUUACCACUGGGAGUGUGUAAGCACCACAAAGGGCCAGUCUCAUUGCCCUUCCCUGGACUACGGGGCCAGGGGUCCUGUUCUGGGCAUCGCCGGCGCGGACCUGCAGGUCGACGUGGAGUACACCUUCCGCCUGACCGUCAGCAAAGACGGGAUGCCCUCCGAAUCGACUGUUCAGAAGGUGCUGGUCCAGGGUGGGCGUAUCCCUAUGGUGUCUCUGGAGUGUGUGUCCUGCAAGGUUCAGUCCAUCUAUGAAGUCAGCCAGAGCUCCAAGGUCUACCUGAAAGGCACCUGCAGCAACUGCCAGGGCUCACCACGUGGGCGCUGGACGGCGCGUACCCAGAGCAACGAGACGCUGGUGCUGGACUCGAGCACCACGACCACGGGGGCGGAGGACAUGCGCCUGGUGCUGCGGCAGGGGAUCCUGCGGGACGGCGAGUCCUACGUCUUCAGCCUGCACGUGGCCGACGAGGCCAUGGAGCGCGAGGGCGUGGCCUCCAUGGAGCUGCGGGCCAACAUGCCGCCCUCGGGCGGGGCCUGCUCGCUCUGGGCCGACGGGCCCGGGCCGCACGUCCGCACGCUGCUGGACAAGGUCUACUUCAACUGCUCAGGAUAUGCCGACUCGGACGAGUCCCCGUCGCCGCUGCUGUACAGCCUGCUGGUGAUGCGCUGCUCGCACUCCUACUGCGAGGACUUCUGCGUCUACAAGGGCACCAGCCCCGAGCACUCGGCCUUCCUGCCGCCGGGAUUCACCUCCGCCCACCAUCGCGUCUCCGCCACCGUCACCGUGGAGGACCACCAGGGGGCGUCCAUCGUGGCCCUCAACAAUACCAUGGAGGUGGUGUUGCCUGAGGCUCCGGCGGGCUACAGCAGCCUUGCCCACUGGCUGUACGACCUGACGGGCUCCACCCUGAGGGAUCUGCUCAAGCAGGGGGACUCGCAGCGCGUACGGGAGCUCUCGCUGGCCCUCAUCACCGUGCUGAACGAGUAUGAGCAGACGCGUCCGACGGCGGUGGUGACUCGCGUGGAGCGCCAGUAUCGGCUGAGUGUCCGCGGCAACAUCACCCGCGCCCUGACCGCACUCGACUUGACCACCGUCAGCGACAUCCAGCAGACCUCAGCCGCCCUGGCACAAUGCACGGCGGUGAGCAGAGAGUUUGUUUGUGAGGAGUGCCAAAACAGCACGCUGGACAAGCUGGAGUCCAUGCUGGAGAUCCUGCAAACAGACACCAAGCAGGGCACUGUCACGCCUACAGAGAUAGCAGACAACAUCCUCAACAUCAUGGGUGACCUCAUCCACCAGGUCAGCCAGGCGGCCUCCAUGGCCGGCGCGGUUCUCCUGGACGGCGAGGAGGAGCACGGAGGAGGAGGAGGCGAAGGAGGAGGAAGAGGAGAUGAAAGAGGAGGAAGAGGUCGCUUUGUCGGCCAUCACCAUCCUCCGCCAGCCCUGACCUCCGCCCCGAUGCUGGAGGACCAGCACACCCUGCGCGUGGCGGCCAAGGCCUACACGCUGUCCUCGGAGCUGAUGCGCAUCCUCAUGCACUCGCGCGUCCUCAACGAGGAGCCGCUGAUCCUGCGCGGCGACGAGAUCGCGGCGGCCGGCAAGCGGGCCGACCCCCAGAGCCUGCUCUGCUACGGCAACAGCCCCGACCCCAGCCCCGAGUGCCGGCGCUUCUCCAUCCCGCGGACGUUCAACGCCAGCCUGAGCAAGGCGGCCGCCAACAGCCUGGAGGGCAGCAACGGCAUGGGGGGCGGAUAUGGGGGAUACGGCAGCGGAGCCGGCGGGGGCUCGGGAGCGGCACCAGGUGUGGUGCAGCUGCUCUUCCAGGUGGAGCCCAACCCCUUCCCCUUCAACUACGUGGCCAACUACACCGUCUCCACCGAGGUGGCCUCCAUGGAGUUCCGCACCGAGAACGGCACCCAGAUCCCCAUCGCCAACCUGGACGAGAGCCAGGCCAUCACCGUGGCCGUCAACAACGGCAGUGGCGGCGGUGGUGGUGGUGGUGGAGCCGGAGCAGGUGGUGGUGGAGGUGGAGGUGGUGGUGGUGGAGGGCAGGAUGGCUCCGGAGGAGGAGGAGGCCAGGCGGAGAGGCUGCAACCGGCAGGCACCUUCAACGUAAGCAGGUGCAGUCAUGUGCUGGUGAAGGUGGACGCAGGGAACACCAACCGGCAGGCGGGGCUUUUUAUCCAGCUCAACUUCACAAUCCUGGAAGAGGACCCGGCGGAGCGUGAGGUGGACCCGGCCAUCGUGGCCUACUUGAACAGCACCAACUGGCCCAACGAGUACAACAGCACUGAAAAGAAGACCAUCCGACUCAGCAUGACCCAGGGCCAGGACCUGGACCACCGGCCAUACACCUUCUUCCUCUCGCCACUGCAAUAUGACACCACCCUGGUGUACUAUGUGAACGUGACCACGGGUUGCGGCGCGGCGUCCCCCCGGCGGAUCCAGCUGGAGGUGGGCGUCUUCCUCUCGCUGUGCCAGUACUUCAGCGAGAGCGACAAGCUGUGGCGCACGGACGGCAUGGCGCCCCUGGCCGAGACCAACGCCAGCCGAGCGGUCUGCAGCACCACGCACCUCACCUCCUUCGCCGCCAGCCUCUUUGUGCCCAUCAACGCCAUACACUUCAUACCUCCCCCUAGGUCGUCGGGCGGGGGCCUGGUGGUGAUCCUGAGCUGUGUGCUGGGGCUGCUGUGCUACGCGGUGGCGGCGGCGCUGCUCCACAAGCUGGAUCAGCUGGAGCUGAGGAGGGCGGCCGUGGUGCCCUUCUGCGGCAAGGACGGACUCUUCAAGUACGAGGUGCAGGUCAAGACCGGCUGGAGCCGCGCCGCAGGCACCACGGCCCACGUGGGCAUCAGCCUGUACGGGCGCGAGAGCCGCAGCGGGCACCGGCACCUGGACAGCAGCGGGGCCUUCGCCCGCAACAGCCUGGACAUCUUCCACAUCGCCACCGACGCCAGCCUGGCCAACGUCUGGAAGAUACGCGUCUGGCACGACAACAAAGGCCUGAGUCCGGCGUGGCUGCUGCAGUACGUGCUGGUGAAGGACCUCCAGACGGGCAGCAGCUACUUCUUCCUGGUGGAGGAGUGGCUCUCCGUGGACAACGAGAAGACCGGCGGCCGCGUGGAGAUAGAGGUGGAGGCGUCCGAGGAGGGUGACCUGCGUCGCUGGCCUCGUCUGCUGUGGUGGGAGCUGCAGAGGGCGGUGUGCGAGAGCCACGUCUGGGUGUCCCUGUGGGAGCGGCCGCACCGCAGUCCCUUCACCGGCCUGCAGAGGGCCACCAGCGCCAUGCUGCUGCUCAGCCUCACGCUGCUGGCCAACGCCGUCUGGUACACCACCGUAGCCAGCCGACAACACAGGCCUGUGGCGAUGGCUAACCUGGUGUCUCUGAAUGGGGAGACGCUGGGCGUGGGGCUGGUCUGCUGCCUGGUGGUCUACCCUCUAUACCUGCUGGUCUUCUGCCUCUUCAGACUGAGCCGCAGCAAGGUCCUGGUGGAGCAGCUGCCUCCACAGGUGGACCAGGAAUCUCUGGAGAUCGACGACUUCCUGGAUAACUCCAUGACAGGAAGCUCCUUCCUCAUCUUCAACGGCAUGUCGGAGGAGACUUGCUCAGAGGAGACCAACAUCGACUUGCCCACACCCUCCACCCAGAGCCUGCAGCGCUGGAGCGACUGCCCGGACGUGAUGAGCGAGGAGUCGUCUGCGAUGGGCUGCGCGGGUCUUCCUCCCCGGCUGAAGCGUGGCCAGGGCAGCCGGCACCUGGGAGUGGACAUCGCCUUCAACCCGGACGAGGAGGAGGCCGCCGGGGGAUACCCACAGUACUUCAGCUCCUCAGAUGAGGACCUGAUCAAGCGUAUCCUGGCGGACGGGCAGCUGCAGGUCUCCCAGCUGUGUGACCCCCAGCAGCUCUUCAACCAGUCAGACAGCGACAUGGCCGACCUCUCCAGUAUAUUCGGCGAUAAGACGGAGGUGAUCCUGCUGCAGAAGAUGAACGAGCCUCCUGGAGCCGUCAGGAGAGACCCGCCCAAGACAGCCUUCACCAGCCGCACAGUGGUGACGGACGUGUGUCGCCCGCGGCCCCUCCCCCCCUGGGUGGGCCAGGGGGCCAUGUGGUGCAGCUGGGGCAUGCUGCUGGUGUCCAUGUGCGUGUGUAUGUGGCUGGGCCACGGCAUGAGCGAGCGCGUGGCCCUCAUGUGGCUCAUCUCCUGCCUCAUGGGACUCCUCGCCUCCUUCUGCGUCCUGGAGCCCAUCAAGGUGUUGUGCGAGGGCCUGUACUUCGCACUGUGGGUGCAGCGUGUGCGCGCGGAGGAGCAGGACGUGCUGGUGGAGUGGCCCCGUGUGGAGCGCGUCACCCAGAGGAUCCCCCGCGUGAGGCCCCCGCAGGGCUUCGCCCUCUCACAGGCACGCGACGAGGCGCGCAAGGUGCGCCUGCUGCACCGCAUGCUGAAGGGCUUUGUGGUGUACAUGCUGUUCUUGCUGGUGGUUCUGCUCUUCAACUACGCCGACUCGGCCACAGACACCCAGCGACAACACCUCCGCAACCAGCUGCUCCACCACCUGCACACCCCCGACUUCAACAACAUCAACAGCCGUGAGGACGUGUGGCCCUGGCUGGCCAAGUCCCUGUUGCCGCGGCUACUGGAUGGCCCCGCUCUGAUGCAGGCCACGGGCAGCCUACUGCUGGGAGCGCCACGCCUACGACAGAUUCGAGAACCCACAGACUGUCCAUCUGGUGGUUCCUUCCCAUCAUCCUCUUGGUUCGGCUGUGCCCUGAGGGACCAUGCGGUCGGCUGGACUGGCCCCGGGGCCAGGCUCUCACCCAACUGGACUCUCAGCACCAGCGGGAGCGGAGGGGCGUGGCACUGGGGCAGGGCAAGAGUGUACGGCAGCGGUGGAUUCGUGCAGGAGCUGACCACAGACACAGAAGUUUCCAGAACCCUCAUACAACACCUCGACGCAAAUCAGUGGCUGGAUCCACUGACGAGGGCGUUGUUUGUGGAGUUCUCGGUAUACAACACCAACACCAACCUGCUGGCCGUGCUCACCUUCCUGCUGGAGUUUCCCGUGUCCGAGUCCAGCCUGGCGUCCAGUUUGGACCUCAAGGCUUGCCGUAUGCACCGCCUCAGCCAGGGCCUGGACCUCCCGCUGCUGCUCACGGUCAUCCUGCUGGGCCUGGUCCUCUUCUUCCUGGUGCGCGAGGGCUCCCUGGUGUUUCGCGAUGGCGUGCGGCUCUACCUGCGCCACCGCGGCCGCGGCGUCUGGAGCCUGACGGCCUGUCUCAGCCUGGCGCUCGCCCUCUGCUGCGCCGCGCUGCACCUGGCCCGCGCCGCCGACGCCGACCGCCUCUGGGACGCCCACCUCCGCCAGCCGCAGCGCCACGCCCACUUCUACGGCCUCGCCCAGCAGAGCCAGGCCCUGGGGGUGCUCAGCGCACUGCUACUCUUCCUGCUCGUGCUGAAGGCGUCUCACCAGUUGCGGUUCCUGAGGGAGUGGGCCGUGUUUGGCCGGGCCCUGCGCCGCUCGCUGCCCGACAUCCUGGCCGCCUCCCUGGCCCUGCUCAUACUGCUGCUGGCCUACUCCUACACCGGACACCUGCUGUUCCACUCGGUGUCCGAGGGCUACGGCAGCAUCCGCUCUGUGUUCCUGGCGUUGCUGGGCAGCGGGGCGCGGGGGCUGGUGCCCUGGCGACCCUGGAGCCUGGCCGUGGGGGUGGGCGUGGCCGGCAGCUUCGGCACCGCCUCCGGCUGGGCUCUGCUCUACCACUGCAGCUUCGUGGUCUUCAAGAUGGCCCUGCUCUGGCUGGUCACCUCGGCCUUGCUGCACAAUUACAGGUGUGCCAGAGAGGAGAUGUACCGGCCGGCGGUGGACCUCCAGGACUAUGAGAUGGUGGAGCUGUUCCUUAGGCGCCUGAAGAUCUGGAUGGGCCUGAGCCGCACCAAAGAGUUCCGGCACAAGGUGCGCUUCGAGGGCAUGGAGCUGCCGCCGUCGCGCUCCUCCUCCACCAGCGACUGCAAGUCCCUCUGCCUGCCCCCUCUGGACGCCCCGGACGACGGUCCCCCCUCCCCGGACAGCGGCAGCGUGGACGGCAGCUCCGAGACCUCCUGGAGGCCCAUCUCCUGGAGCCCCUGCAGCCUGGCCGAGCCGCCCACCGCCGGGAGCUUCGUCGGAGGUGCCCUGAGCAGCAGCUCCUCGGCCAUAAUGGAGCUGCCCUCCCUGGGUGGCGUUGGCGUUGGCGGCCCCGGCAGCGGGGGCGGCGUUGGAGGCCUGGGAGGAGGUUUCCCAGGGAUGGUGGGCGGCCACACGUGGAAGGAGCGCGCGGAGAUGGAGGCCACGCUGCGCCGGCUCACGCCCACCUUCGAGGCCCUGCUCAACCAGCUGGACCGCGUCACCAUGGCCACCGAGGAGCUGUACAGGGCCGAGUGCCGUCUGGAGCAGAUGCAGAGGCGGAGCCGGGGGCUGGACACCACGGAGGAGGCGGCGGCAAUGGAGAACAGCCCUACACCAGCAGAGGAAUUGGUGGCCGCAGCGGCGUCGACCACGGUAGUGGCAGUGGCUCCAGCAGCAGCAUCAUCAGCGGCAUCAGCAUCAGCAUCAGCAUCAGCAGCAGCAGCAUCAGGGGCAGUACCCAAGACUAGCCAGGGCAAGCACGGGGCUCAUCAUCAACAGCAGAAGCACCAUAAGCAAAAGCGUAGCACCAGCAGAGCUGACGACUCGACUCGCUCCAAGAGGCAGCAGCAGCAACAGCCUGUCAAGGUCCAGAGUAAAGGCAACAACGGCCAGCAGCAGCAGAAGUCCCAGGUGCUGAGGGAAGAGGUGCAGCAGAGCAAGACCCCGCAUCGGGACUCAGGCAUCAGCGUGAUCAGCCACUCCCCAAAGACCUCCACCUACUCCUCCUCCUCCAGUGCCAUCCCCAUCACUCCGGUCCCCGCCGCCGCCGCCGGCGCCACCGCCAUCGCCAUCCCGUCGUUCUGCUCCUCGUCUUCUCUGGCUCCCGUCGUCCCGGCACCCCCGGGCUCCACGCCCCCGCCAAUCCCCAGGUCUCUCGACUGGGACACGUCGAGCGACCGCGACCGAGACCGGCGGACUCCCUCCAGCCUGUUUCGUCACCCGGCCCACACCACCAUCGUCCCCACGCGGAAGAGGAAGAACAAACCGCCGCCGCUCAAGAACAAGGUGCACCCCAACCCGGACAGGCCCGUAUCGGGACACUCCAAACCCUGAGGGAACUCCCCCCGCCAUUUGUAACACAGAACAGAAAAAGCAAGAGAAACAAGAAAGGAAAAAAAGACUGCUUUUGUUGCCGUUAAUUUUUAACGUUGUUCAGAUGGAAGAGCCAGAUAUGAAGUACAAGACUCGUUGCAGCGAAGGAGAAUAGGCCUGGGCUGUGUAGUAGGAAGGUUGGACUGUACACACUGUUGACAGCCGGUUUUGUCUUACAGUGAAGUCCACAGUGGAAGAAAUGUAGUGUACAUUGCAUAAUUGUUGUUGCCAUGGCGAUGGUGGUCAUGGUCAUAAGCUCGAUGACAAAGAUGGGUACGUGAUGAAAGUAGACAAGACGCCAAACGUGGAAUGCCAAGGGGGGUCUCAAGCAUGGACUUGUCGAAGAGUAGUUCCCUGAGGAUUCAGUAAGGUGUGAAAGCCAGAAGAGUAGGUGCAGGACACCUUUUUUGUGGGGUUUUGUUGUUUUUGAUCGUUUGGUUGGCUGGUUAGUUGGUUGUGUACCGCCCCCUUUGUUGUCCAACCUUCCCCCACUUUUCCAUGCUCCCUCCCCCUC